AUGGGAGAAAGAAAAAUGGAAAUCAGAACAUAUGUGGAUGAUAACCACACGAAAUAUUUAGAAGCAGUAAAAAAUUACAAUUCGCAUAUAGAUGAGUUAGUCAUAUUUUUUGAUACGUUUGAAGAUCCUUCAUGUAAUCAUAUAAACUGGGGAAAACUAAAAUACAAAGGAUAUUUGCAAAAGAUUUACAACCAUGAUACGGAAUUAUUACCUAUACAUUUAGAUGACCUACGAGAGCAUUUCUGUAAAGAGAAUAAGGAGGCAGAUUAUUCUGUAUAUAAUGGAAUAAUGACAAAUACACAUAGGUAUAUGGAACUGUUAUACUCUGCAGCUGAUAAAUGUUUAUCGGAUGAAUGUUUUAAAAGAUUUGUUAAAGGUUAUGGAGAAGAAGAUGAAAAUGAGAAAACGAAAAGGAAGAAUUUGAGAAGAAUAAAUAAUGAAGAUCUUAGUGGAUAUUCUACUGAUGAAAGUGAAAAAGAAGCUUUUAACAACUUAUUUCGUGAUAUGAUUAAGCCAAUUGAAGAAAUUAGACAAGAAAGGAUGAAAGAAUAUAAAUUGCCAGCAUAUUUAAGAGUAAACUUUGAAAUUAUUUUGAUACCAAGUUCACGAGAUUUAGUGAGAAAAAUGAGAGUAGUAAAUGCUGAUUGUAUAGGAUCUUUGAGUACAUUCGAAUGUGAAGUAAUUAGAGCUACCCAGUUGAAACCAAGAAUCCAGGUAGCUACUUACGAAUGUGAUAGAUGUCACGUAUUUGCAUAUAAAGCUGUGGAUGGUCCUUUUUUUAUGCCACUUUUUGAUUGUCCAGGUUGCACAAAUGUACAUGGUAUUAGAGGAUCAUUAAAAUUUCAAGCGAAAUUAAGCAAAUUUGUAAAAUAUCAAGAAAUAAAAGUGCAAGAGUUACCUAGUCAAUUACCAGAAGGAGAUAUUCCAAGAAGUAUGAAUUGUAUAAUACAUGGAGAAUGCACCACUUCGGUACAACCAGGUAUGUCUGUUACAUUAACAGGUGUUCUAAUGCCUGUUACAAAAAGUGGAUUUCAAGCAUUAAAAGGAGGAUUAAUUGCAGAAAAAGUUUUCCAUAUUUAUUAUGUACAAAAUAAUAAAGAAAAUUUUAAUGAACAUAUUGAUAAUUAUGAAAAAAUUAUGGAAGAAGUGCAAGCUUUGAAAAAUAGCCCCAAUUUGUAUGAAAAGUUGGCAUAUAACAUUGGUCCAGAAAUAUACGGACAUGACGAUGUGAAGAAAGCUUUAUUAUUACAAUUAAUUGGAGGAUGUACCAAAAAAAAAAAAGAUGGUGGUUUAAUUAGGGGUGACAUACAUAUAUUACUAAUGGGAGAUCCAGGAGUUGCUAAAAGUCAGCUUAUGAAAAAGGUAUGUCUCAUUGCAUCUAGAUCAAUAUAUACAACAGGUAAGGGAAGUAGUUCUGUUGGUUUGACUGCGGCUGUUUUGAAAGAUCCCAAUACUGGAGAAACUACUCUAGAGGGAGGUGCAUUGGUGCUAGCCGAUAAAGGAAUAUGUUGCAUUGACGAAUUCGAUAAGAUGGAUGAAUUUGAUCGUUCUGCUAUUUAUGAGGUCAUGGAACAGCAAACUGUUUCUAUUGCUAAAGCUGGACAUUGCAGUAACAUGCCUGCACGAUCAUCUGUUUUAGCAGCUGCAAACCCAAUUAAUGGUAGAUACGACUGCAAAAAAUCCGUUAUGCUUAACAUGAAUUUACCCGCAGCACUGCUAACCAGAUUUGAUUUACAGUUUCUUCUUCUUGAUAUAUCUGAUCGAGACAAGGACAAAAAGCUAGCUGAGCAUGUUCUGAAUAUUUUAAAAUGUACAGAUUCCACUGAUGAUAAAAAAAAAAAAUCCGAAUUACACAAUGAUGGUUAUGAAGAAAUUGACAAAACUGUAUUGAGAGCUUUUAUACAACUAGCCAAAAAGAAAGAACCCACCAUUUCUCCUGAUUUGAUACCAAAAAUUACCCAAUGGUAUGUAUCCUCGAGACAAUUAGAAUCGCAACAAGAAAGAUAUAAUGAUACACGUGUCAAUUACACAACUCCAAGAGCACUCCUAGCCAUUCUCCGGAUAUCACAAGCACUAGCUAGAUUAAGAGACAGUGAUGUCAUGGAAACAGCUGAUUUUGAAGAAGCCAUCAGAUUAACUGAACAAUCAAAAGCUAGUGUAUCACAACAAACAGAAAAAAGAAGAAGAAAGGAUUCAUCCACAGAAAUUAUGAACAUUAUUAAAAACAUUAAGGAAAAAAUUAUGGAAAAGAAAAAAAAAUGGAAUGGAUGGAUAUCUAUUGAAGAAAUAGAAAGGCAAUCAAUAACAAAGGGAUUUACCAAAGCACAUGUUUUUAAUACCAUUGAUAAGUAUGUAGAAUUGACAGUGUUUACUAUUAAUGAAAAUAACACAGCUAUUGCCUUUCCUAAUGAUGUAUACAAUGCGGAUGAUGAUGUUGGUUAUGGCGAUGAUGUAGAUCAUAUGGCAAAUGAGGAAGAGUACGCAUAUUGA